AUGUCUACAGUCGAUGCCAAUAUCAACACCAGCACGGGCAGCCACCCCGUGGACCCCUACAAGACCCAGAACUUUGAAGACCCUCCUCUCCCCAAGAAAAUCGAAGACCUGACCAAAUUCAUCUCCGAUGUGAAGUUUGGCAUGUUGACGACCAAGCAAUCAGAGGGCGACUACCUAGCCUCCCGAUGCAUGGCCCUCGCCGCACAGGAGAACGGCGGCAUUGACCUCAUCUUCCACACAAACCUCUUCUCCGGCAAAACAAUGGAUCUCACCGUGCACCCCCAAGAAACCAACAUGUCCUUCCUUGACCCCGUCAGCGGAGCCUGGGCCUCCAUCUCAGGCACGGCAUCAGUAGUUGGCGAUCGCGCCACCGUCGAAAAGUACUACUCACCCGCCCUCAAGGCGUGGAUUGGUGAUAUGGGCGACGGUGUGCACGAUGGUGGUCCCACGGACCCCCGGAUUGGCGUUAUCAAGCUCGAGGCUAAGCUGGCAACGCACGUUGUUGCCACUAAGGGUCUGCUUGGCCGUGCUGUGGAUACUGUCAAGGGUGCUGUUCAGGGGAAUGUGCCUUCAAUCAAUGGCAUUCGGGAGUUGUCUAUGGAGGAGCUUGCUGAGUGUAUGUGUUCAACCCCGUUCUUCUGA